AUGGAAGAACAUGUGAACCAUUUGAGGCAAGUAUUUGAUGUCUUGUUGCGUGAAAGAUUGUUUGUUAAUCUCAAGAAGUGUGCGUUUGGGGUUGAUAAAGUGGUAUUAUUAGGUUUUGUUGUGAGUGUGAAUGGUGUAGAAGUUGAUGAAGAAAAGGUGGAGGCCAUUAGAACUUGUUCAACUCCCAAAAAUGCAACUGAUGUGAGGAGUUCUCAUGGGUUGGCAAGCUUCUAUAGGCGUUUUGUGAACGGGAUUAGUACCAUUGCCUCCCCCUUAACUGAAUUGAUCAAAAAAGAUGUUCCUUUUGUGUGGGGGGAAGAACAAGAAAAGGCGUUCCAAGAAUUGAAGUCUAUGUUGAGUUCAUCGCCUUUGUUACAAUUACCCAAUUUUGAGAAAACCUUUGAGGUUGAGUGUGAUGCUUCCGGGGUUGGCUUAGGUAGGGUCUUGAUGUAA